GUUGAUUUAAUUCCAUUGCUGUAGGAAAAACUAUUUCUUAUGUUAUCAUUGACUGUGUUUGUGUGUGGCAGUAGACCAGGCUAGGGAACACUAUGAGAAUGAGGGUCAUACGGAGCUUGGUGUUUGCGAGUGUAAGUGUCAUGAGUUUCUUUGUUAUUCUUUCAAUGCUUACAAACACCACUCCAGCAUCUCCUACGGCCCUGCACUCUCUGGUGACUCACACUCAUAACCACUUGAACCAUCUGCAGAACAACAUCAAGGAAGAAUUUGAGAGUCUGGUAUCUGGUCCAGAUCCAGAAGUUCUGCAGCAACUUGGUUUUGUUGACAAACCCGUCCUGUACCCACACACAAACUGGACCAACCUCACGACACCUGUUAUAGUCACUGCUGUAUCCAGCUCUGAGAUUGAAGCUGUUGAAAAUGUUGUGGGAGUUGCAGCUCAAGUUUGUCCUGAGGCCAACAUCCUCAUCUACACGCUGGACCUGUCUACCAAGGAGACAGCUCUUGUAGAGCUGCUCUGCAACGAUACAUGUUCUGUGGUGGCCUUUGACUUCUCCAUCUACCCGAGUCAUGUCAAGAACUGGCGCCUUCAGGCCUACCGCCCCAUUAUCAUCCAGGAGCUGUUGGUCAGAGCAGGAGCCGUGCUAUGGCUAGACCCGACCAUCAGACUCGUGGUCACGUCUUCUCCUGACACAGAGCCGCGAUCUCGAGUAAACAUGAGCGCUUCAUUUGCCUCAGGAGCUGCGAGCGGACAAGUGAACUAUCUCUUCGCCAGCCCUACCAGGGACAAGACUGGGAAAAAACCGGCAUGGGGGGAAAGAAGUCCUGGUAAAAAACCAACAUCUAGUAUUAAUAACUCUUCUGCAUUUCCGAAGGUAGAAGAAAAAACUUUUAUUGAGUUUCUGGACAUUAACGCUAAUGAGUCGGGACUACAGGCUGUAUACCCGGCUGAUCAAGCAGCUCUGCUCAACAUUCCCAACCGUUAUGUGCCUGUUGCUGGCAGGUCUAAAGCAUCAAAUAAUAAUCACUCUGAGUUUGUGGCGUUGACUGAUCAAGAAGUGUCGGGUCAUGGCAGAUCGCUUCUUACAGUGACCUUCAAUGACAUGAACAACAAGAACCCUCAUCAACGACGGUCUAAAAUAACCAAAACUUCAGUCCGCAAAAAGCGGUCAUCACUGUACAAAGAAAAUACAGUUGUUGAUGUGACUAAAUCUGAGCAUAAUCAUGAUUUGAACGAAGUUUCCAAGGACGAAAUUUUGGUUGAUGAGACAGUGAAUUCCCUGACAAAUCAUAUGCCUAUCCAUAAAACUGGACUGGAUCAUCUGAAAAAUGAACUAGGAACCGUGUUGGAGACAGAUGUUCUGCACAAUAUCAACAUUGAUCAAAUCCCCAUGCCUGCAACGGAACAAAGCGUCAAGCAGCCAAUAUUGAACAGCUCACAGCAACGUGGCACAUUACUGGAAAGCCUGCACAUAAACGAGCUUUCUUAUGCCUCACCGAAACAUUCCUAUGCAUCAUUGAGAAGUACACGUCUGGACGAAGUAUCGGAGGACGACUGCCUGCUGGGUGCGUGGCGACAUGAGGCUCUUCUGCAGCGUGGGGUGCUAGCCUGGCAGUUCUCUGAUCCUCUAAUGGGGCGUCUGCCCACCGCAGCCCUCACCCACCCCAGCAUGUUCUCUGCCAUGCACACCCGCAAGGAGCUCUAUGACUUCCAUCAGAUGAGCGACGCUGGCGCUGUGCUGCUCUACAACACAGAGUCUGUCCACCGGCACCUCAUGAAGCCUUGGCUUAUGUGCAGCCUCUCGUCCCACUGUGUACAGCCCAUAGGGGCCCAGGACACGGGCUGCAGGUUCGACAAGAAGCCUCUGUUCAGGUACUCUGGUUGCCACCUGUACGACGCGUCCGCUUUUAACGUAGCGUUGGGCCUCAUGCUGGGUCCCCACAACCACCCACACCAGCCCACCUCGGCUGUCAUUUUCACUCGCGUUCCCCCCACCCCCGCUCCCGGAUCAGACAUGGGUGAUAUUUCCCCCUCCCCUCAAUACACGGAGCCCCCCGUCUCAAACAUCAGACAUUUGCACCGUGGAACACCCAGACGGUGGCCGCUGUCUUCGUCCCCUCCUCUGCGUAACCACAGCGCUGCUGGCAGUGCAGUUGUAGUUGCUGGGGCCGGGAGUUAGCGAGUGUUAUUUGUUAGCCGGUCUGAGUUGGCUUUAGUGGCAGUGGUGGUUGCGGCAUUGUGAGGUGGAGUUUAAAUAAUGGCACAAAAUUGUAGCUUAAUAUUUAUUUGCCAAGAUCGUGUCGUCUUGUCACGCGAAGGACGGUAGACUUGUUUGUCUGAGCUAUAUUAUCUAUUGAGAAGGCUAUUAAUUCUCAGUAAUAUUAAAGAGAAAAAAAGACAGCUGUCUUUGCACCCAAAUGGGGGCGGAUAAGCGAUAGUCUGAGGCGGCGAUCCAUCGUGGCCGGGGACUGCUACGUCCGAAACAUAUACUAAGGAUAUUAAGCCUGCAUGGUAGCCGUAGGGCUGCUUCUGAACAAAUGUCCUCAAGUACCAAUGAGUAGAAUGAAUAAGGUUAUUAAUUUUAUAACCUAAGUUAUGAAGACAAGAGCUUUACAUGUCAAAGUAGAGAACUAGGACUGUAUUCGUGUAUAUGUGUUUUGUGUGCGUGGCUCAUGAGAAUGGCUAACUAGAUGCCAUCGUAGUGUUAAUUUAUUAGCACUCUAUGAGAGUACAAACUUGUCUGCAGCCGCUCUCUAUAGCACAAAAAAUCCCAAUUUGGCAAAGAAAUUCGUGUGCGUUUAUUAGUAAUCCAAGAAAAUGCCGGUGCUAUCUAUUUAUUGCGGGCAAAUAUUUUCAGUGUUAACAGAAAUUAUAUAUUACAACAAAUUAUUUUGUUGAAUACGCACGGGAUUGUUAAGUGUGGCCUAGUGUGCUCAUGGAGGCAAUAGGAAGCUAACGACGAGAUCAAUUUCUGGUGUCCUCAUUCUAGUCUCUGCAUCGGCCAUCGCUGCUGCUAAGCUUCCAGUUCACUAGUCAAAGAUAACAGAGAGACAUUCUUCUUGUCUCGGGAAGUUGUUUACAAUCUGAUGUUUGCUGAGAAGCGCUAGUCUGAGAAUCAUCUUGACAGUUAGAUUUCUCUCAUUGGCCACAAAAUUCAAGAACUACCAAUGGAAUAUGUGUAAUUAUUUUUCUUAUUGAUGUUAAAAUAUUUCGGUUUAUCGUUCAGUGGCAAUACUGCACAAUUAGUUUAAGAUUGGUUAAACUCAGUUUAUCCUUAGAAUUUUGGGUAUAAAUGUGCUAACUUGCUGUACGUUUAUUCUUUAUUGUGACCGAUGGCUAUCAUCAAGUAAUAUCGGUCAGUGGUGCUACGAUGUAAGCAUAAAGAUUGGGCCUCAUCAAUUUUGAUGCUCACCAAUAACAGUGUCAUCAAUCUUGCAGCUCAUUGAAGUCAGCAUUUGUCCUCAAGUCUCAUCUUUGUGCUGACAUGCUUGUGUGUCAGAACCUAAGCUGACAAUGACUUGCCUGAGAUGGGAGAUAUAUUUGCGGCCGCUAUUCUCAUGGUAAUUCAUUUUCUGUCAUUCUUUUAUUGUGAACUAGCAACCUUUCCCUGAAGAAAUAUCAUCAUACCCAAUCAAAAUUUUAGUUAAAUUUCAACUGCAUAUCCCUGAGCGACAGCAUCAGUUUCUUUGAU